UGCCCAGCAGCAUGGAACUGAUUAGCUUGAUGGUACUAUAUGAUGACGACUCCUUGUUGGUGCAGUAUUCUGAUGGGUCUUGCUUGCAGCUUUCUCCCUGUGGCUCUGAGUUUCUGUUUGAAAAGGUACCUCCUGCAUCAGCACAUCCAUUGCAACAGCCUGAAAGAAUUCGACAGAGGACACAAUUUGUGAUUAGCAUUUACCGAGAGAAAGUGUUGCAUGCACUGGAAUUCAGAAACAGGUUUGCUAGAAGGUUGUUUCUUCCUGGCAGCAUUAUUCCUAAUGAAAAACAAUAUUCAUUUUUUAGCAUCUCCAGUGUUACUUGGCCCAGCCCUGAUGUUAAAGAUGCUGCAACAUUUGCAGAUGAUGGGACUGUCAAGGUCCGCUCUAUGGAUGGCAAUGCUACUCUCCAUCUUGCAUCACAGCAGCUGGAAUUUACAAUGGAGUUCAUUUCUAGAAUUAGUCAGAAGUCUCCAGUACCCUUUCUCGUUAAAGAUAAGCAGCAUUGCAAAAAUGUAGACACUGGCAAACAUCAAAAAUCUUGCAAAAGUAGUAUUGUGGAAGACAUUUCUGAAAUUUCCAAAACCUCCAGUGGAAGAAAGCAUAUAUUUUCUGAAACAGGUUUGAAAUCUACAAAACUGAAGAUUCCUGAGGAAAUCAUGAACCAAAAGGGCAGUGAAGGUUUGCAGUCCUGCUGCAAUUCAGCAGUGGAGUAUGUCACUGUGGUGCAGCAUCACUCAGUAUCAUUUUGCCCUGAAGAAUGGAAGUACCCUCUGUUUCUUGCUCUGCAUCCAAACCAUGUUGAUAAAGCAGUAAAAACAAAUGAGAAUGAGUGUAAGAAAAACAGCCAAGAUGUCUUAAAAGAAGUAAAGCAUGACAGAACUACUUUGCUGCCUGAUCCCCUGCCACUUAAUUGUAGAGCACCACACCUUCAUAGGUGGAGUCAUAAUACUUCUUUUCUUGAUGGUGAGCAGGAUAUCAGAACUCCAUAUUCAAGUCCUGAGCUGUUAAAAGUAGUCUGGUGCAGAGGCGUUGUCUUUAGGCUUUUUCAUGGAACCGCGAGCUCUGUGGAAGUAUAUCCUGGUGAUGGAUCUGUCCUUCAUUCCACAGAAGGAACAUAUUUCACACAUCAUAUGACUAAUAGGAACACUGGGCUUCAAGAAGAACGAAUGUACAUAGUUAGCAGUCCUCCUCCAGACAUACCAGGAUCCUUAUAUUCGGUGAGCUCCAUCAUCACUCGGGCUGCAAGGAUUCUGCAGUAUUGUUACAAUGCAAGACUUUCACUAAAACUCCCUGACAUCUGCUGUUGGAAACAGCAGGAGUCCUUAAUGGAGUUUCAAAUGAGACUGCCAUUACUUUUGGAGGAGUCAUUCAUUCCAUGUAUAGGACGUUUUACAGCGUACUCUGACAGUAAAGUUCAUAUAAUUUUCUGCGAUGGUGUGACACUGCACAUGAUUUAUGAUUUCCACGCUCUCCAUGAAGAAAUUCAGACAUGUGAGACACCUAAUUCUGAAGCUUACUGGCAGCAACAUUUACAGAAUGCUCUUACUGGCUGGUGUCAGUUGGUGCUGCCAGAUGGGCAGUGUCAUCUAGUACAAAUUCACCAUCCUGGCAAGUAUGAAAGGUAUGUGACAGCAGCAGUAAAGUGGUGUCAGUGGGUGACUAAGUGCCACAAGGGAAGGACAUCAUCAAAUGAUCAAUAUUCUGGCCAAGAUAACACUGUAUCUGUGAUUGCUGAACUUCAGAAGAUCCAAAGGUUUAACUUUUUGCUGGAGAAUAACAUGGUUCUAAAACAGGCUUCAAGCACUGAUGCUGUUUGCAACUUGACUUCAAGAAACCAGUGCAGUGAAGAAAAUCUGGAUUCAUCUGAGCAGCAAAAUGAAUUAAACAUUGCCACAGUUUUAGAAAACAAUUGUAAAAUUAUUCAAGAUAUUGAAUCCCUUCUUUCUACAACGAUAUCCAGAAAACUAAAUCCAGAAUCAAAAACAUGAUAUCAUAAUGCAAUAACUGUAAUGAGAGUGUUUUCAUUCUCUGGUAGUAUGCAAUGAAGACAGCACUGUAUAGUAUUGUACUGUUCCUCACAGUAACUGAAAUUAUUCUUUUUAACCUGUUUGCUUUGAAAAUGUAUAUACAUUUUUUUAACUUGAGAACACAGUAGGCUAUACAUUUGUCUCUGAAAUACUUCCAUACUUCUAACUUAUGAGUAUAUUUUGGAUGUAUUAAAAAUCAGGUGAAUCUGUUUUAUAUGUUGUUCUCAUAAUAAAAAAUAUUUAUUGUUCUU